CAUCUCCUUUACAUCAAGCUGAAUAUCUGUAAUGCCUAUUACAAAACGUUACAAUGGAUAGGAAGCGAAAACACUCUUUUAUUCGCUGGGCUUUUGUUUACCACUCACUGACGUUAGACCAGCAGAAUGAACUGCUGGAUUCUAUUGCUGAUUCGUCGUUUUAUCAACCUAAUAAUGGCGAAAGUAAUGUAAUGACCACUCAACAAACUGACUAUGAGCGUUAUUCAAAAAUUGCAGACGCACUACAGAAGCGUUUUAUGUGCCGCUUUUUCAAACUGACAUGGGAUAAGCUAGGUUCUACGUUGAAAGUGGUGAUACAUAUAAGCAAGAAUGAUAUUUUGGAUUUAGAUCUAGAUGUGACAAGGCAGAGAUUAAGCAUACUUAGCUCUAAUAUGCAAUAUGAUGCGAGAUCUUCGUCAUAUCAGUAUUCAUCGAUAAUAAAACAUGGCCGUGUUAAUACCGUUUUCAUGGACUUAUGGAGAAGGCGUAACAAUUUAUUCAAAUCGCUGAACAUGGUACCUCCAGAUGACAGUGUUGAUGUCUUUCACGCACCAGAUUCAGAUAUGUUGGAAGCUCCCAAGGUUGUAUUUGAUGAAAUUAUAUCGAAAAUAUACGGCAGUCAACUGCCAAGUACAAGUGAUUGUUCAAAUGAUUCGGUGAAAGACUUACCACCCACAGAUAUACCUAUGGAAGACUCGGAAGAAAAUGAUACCGAAGAAUUAAAACGAAAGAUAUUGUUCAAUGCAUCGAAGUGGGAUGUUGACAGGAUAACCCAAGUGAUUCACAGUGAGUUUCCUCAUGCUCCUGUGAAUGAGAAGUUUUAUCGCAGAUUCGAUAACCUUGUUACACGUGAGGCCGAUGUUGUUGUUGUCGGUGCGGGUAUAUCUGGUCUCGCUGCCGCUAGCUACCUGGUGUCAUGUGGUAUUAAUGUAGUUGUAUUAGAAGGUCGUGAUCGCAUUGGUGGUCGAGCUUGUACCACAUCUUUCCCGCCGAAGUAUGUUGACGGUGUUUAUCUACCUAAGGUGAAUAUUGAUCUUGGUGCAAACUAUUUCCACUGUUGCAACGCUAUUCAGGUGAAGGGUAAGAAGGAAACUUCUGACUUUCCUAGGGAUGUGCGUGCACGUCGAAGCAGUAUAAAGUCACUUCUUGGUUUAUCUAGCAUUUUGCGCCCAACCGUUGCCGAUGUAGCUGGCGGUGCCAAUUGGGAAAGUACCAUUUAUACAAGAUGGGGAGAUUUUGAAGGUAAGCAAAUAAAAAUAGAUAGUGUCAUGAAGUCGAAUAUGAUUGCUGAAAAGGUUAGGAUGCGUGCCGCACGUAAGGUUGCACUGAUGAAAAAGCAUAUGAAGAACACUGUAGUCGAUGCCCACCCUGACAACCAAUUAAGAAAAGAAUGGUAUGUAAGUGAAGGAUUAUACCGUAAUGUGUUACACAAUAGCUCUGCUGAUAACGGUAAUUGGCAUAACGAAUCGUAUAGCUACUCACACAAUAUUCCUCGAGAUAUCAAUAACAAGAGUGUUAAUAAGAUGAGUGAUAGUGACGCAUCUGUAUGCACUCCUACAAACCAUUAUGUGGUUGAUAACAGAAGCGCCAAUACAACAUUGUCAGGGAACUCUAAUAGUGAACAAUAUGAAAGGACGAUGGACUCCACAUUACAGAUCAGUCCGGACUGCAUCAAUGAUGUGCACAAUGCAAUCUCAACGAUGGAGAACCAGCAUGGAGUUGUCCAGAACAAUACAUCGGUGAAUCAAUCUAGUAUAUCCAUGGAACGCCCAUCGACGGAAUUGCUCUCCGGGAAGAGUGAAUCAGAUACUAGCGAACGCCUAUGCGGUUCAGCAUUAUUAGAGCGAAUUUUGAAACGUGAACCAUAUCAUAUCGCAAAUCGUAUUAACGUAAAAAAACCAUGUGAUUCUACAACUUAUCUGUUAGAUACGGAUGGUUAUCGUAAAUCAUUAUGGGAUAUUUAUGUUGAGUCAAUUUCUGAGGUGUUCAAGGAGAAUAAUAUUCUACCGAAUAGUUUAACGGAAGACGAGUGGAAUAUGUUAUUCAUAAUUUUGCAAUCCCGUACCGGUUAUAAUAGCGACCUGCGUGAGACAUGUAUAUCCAUGUGUCGUCUUCCUAAUAUAGACAAUGACUUCGAUGAUUCACGAAACUAUUUAACAAAGAACAAUUACGAUUACAACGUGGAGUAUGUGAGUGGCAACUUUAACGAGAACACAACCAUAAAGAAGAAGCGCUUUGACCCUAGCAGUGAUAAUGACAAAUUAGUUAUUGACGGCUGGGAUUGGUUGCUUAAUGAAAUAAGCGUAGGCGUUGAGCCAUUUGUGUAUCUAAAAUCUAAUGUCACUACAAUUGAGGUGACCACUGGUCACGAAUACCCCGUUACAGUACAUGUGACGUCAUCUGGGAAUAAUAGUGCACCUUCUAAAUCGAUACGUUCAAAAUACGUCAUCGUAACCGUUCCUAGUAGCAUGAUUUCACCCUAUGAAGAUCGUAGGGAAUAUCCAAAUCAAAUUUUGUUUAACCCUCCAUUGGACCCACUGAAGCGUGCUGCUCUGCAACGAUAUAAAAUGGGUUUCCACAAUAAAGUUAUUCUAAGAUACAAGCCCGAUGACAUAUUCUGGAAAUCUACAUCAUCACAACUGAAUACUUUGGAUCCACGAUUUCAAUUUUUGGAUUUAGAUAGAUACGGCAAGACUGGUUGUAUUUUGGCUCAUUCCUUCCCCCCCUACAGUGCUACUUGGAAGGACGGACUCACCGAUACAGAGAUUGUAAGGCAAUGUUUAGAGGUAUUAUGCAAUAGUUUUGGCAUUGCCGUAGAUGAUAUGCCAUAUCCGGUUGACGCCAUGGUAACUAGGUGGUAUCGUGACCCUUACUCAAUGGGUUCAUACUCGUACCCUGGCGUCGAUGCAGUAGAUGACGACAUCAUUCACUUAAAGAGUCCCUACCCAGUAGAUGACCCACGUGUUUUAUUUUCUGGCGAGUAUUUAUCUAGCAGUUAUUAUCAGUGUGUUGAUGGUGCUUAUGACACUGGUGUCAGGGCGGCGGAGGACGUUGCUCAUCUCGGCCUUAAAAAGCCAUAUCCGUAUCCCAUUUCUCAUGAAUCACCAUCUUUGGAAGGUUUGCUUGAUCCCAGGAAGAGGGAGAAGUAUUUAGGUGUGUCGGUGCCCUUACCAUCUCCUGACGUUUUCGGGUAUUAUUUGACUGAUGGCACCGACGAACGUAUAAGCGAUGAUGACUACAACCCGGAGGUCAAGGCAUCGUCACAACAAUACAAUGCGGAGUUUUCAAUACUGGAACGUCUAUACAAUCUCAUGUGUGAGGAGAUUAUAAUUGUCGGUGAAUACCGUGAAACAUUGGAUUUGUUAAUUUCAUCGCUUGAAGAAAUGAGAGACAAUGAGCAGUGGAAUGAUGCAUUAGAUUCAGCGUUGAAGAUUGCGGAAUCGGUUAUGGAAGCUUUGCCUGAUUACGGUGAUCAACAAGGUGAAGAUACAUUUAGCAUCAAAACCAGGGAAGUCGCUAAUAGUAUUCUGAGGAGUUUCAUGGCUAAGAACGAUACUGUACAUGACUAUGUUUGCCAUGUAUGUUUGUCUGGAGGUGAGGUUGUCAUGUGUGAUUCACCUUCAUGUACUAAAAUUUGGCACGCUGAAUGCCUGCCAACUGGUUUUGAUGAGCCAGUGAAAGAUGCUAACUUGUCAUGGACAUGUCCAUGUUGUCGCGGUAUAGAGGUACCUCUAGGUCAUUUGAAGGUACCCAAGGCUGUCACUCUAUAUUGGCGUCGUCGUGGUCAAUGGAUGUGUGUCAAAUCGUUGAUGACCCACUGCAGGAAGGUUCGCGAGAGGUUAGAAGUUCUACGGCGUCGUGUAAUAAAACUAAUAGAUUGACCAUUAAAACGAAUAUUUUAUGAAUGUAGAGAAUAAUGAUGUGAGACAGUAUAAUUAAC